GGGUGACCUCCGAGGGCGGGGAGUGCAAGGUCCACUACACACUGCCCGCAGCCUCCGGACUCGCCUCGGAAAAGAGGACGCCGACCCGGGGCCUUAGCUGGGCUCUGAAUCGCUCGGGUCAUCGUGCCUCAGUUUCCCUGGGCUGGGGGGACGAUGUUCAGACUUAGGCUCCCGGGGCUGUGAGUGCGGGUUGUGCUUCGGGAACCCAGCGGGCGCCGCGUCCUGAUGCUGCGGGAGUGUGGGAAGCAGUUGGUGCUAGGAGCCACCGCCUCUCCACUGGAGCUCUCAGAGUUUGUCGCAUUUGACACCAUAGCAAGUUGACAUGGAAUUACUUCAUGGCCGGGAUGAGAAAACAUGCCUUAUUGAUUUCAAUAACAAAGUCGUUGCAGAAUCGAUUUAUUUUAAUAUUGAGCAUUAGCCUGCCUACCUCUAGAAAAUCGUGAGCUUGCAAAUUGCAUGAUUGAUAAAGCGAACUAGCAAAAAAAAAAUAUUUGUUGGUCAACUAUUGCUCACGCUGUAAAAAAUAAUGUUAUGGUUUGAUUGUGGUUUUUUAAAGGGCAUUUGUUAAAAGUUUGGUUACUGUAAAACUGUCUUUAUAUCGCCUUAUUUUAGCUUUAUAUUAAAAACUUGGAAACCUAACAGUACAGAAGCGCAGUGUUUUUUGAAGUUUUCUCACUUUUGUUUCUAGAUGAAACACAUUUUUUUUCAGUUGCUACUAUGCUGAGCAUAGUAAAAUGUUGAGGACGAAAUGCAGGGUGGGAAAAGAUUUGGCUUCAGGAGAAAGUUAGAUGUAGUUCUACAGACAUUUGACUAAUACUGAAAAUGUAAUUUUGUAUCUCAUUAAUGUUUCUACUCUUUUUCCUAAAACCACUACUCUUAGGAUUAUUGUCUGCAUAGGGGCAAAGUGUACAAUCCUUGUUCUAGUGAGAGCUAGUUUACUGCUAGUGGGUUCAACUGUUUUAUUUAUUAAGCUUAUUACACACUUCUUGUUCACUUUGUGUGGGUGCACACACGCGUGCUGGGGAUUGAACCUUGGGCCUUCAUGAUGAGCUACAUCUUAUCAUCAUUUUUUAAAAUUUUGAGACAGAGAGUCUCGAAAGUUGUCCAGGCUAGUCUCAAAUAUGUAAUCCUACUGCCUCAGCCCCCCAGAAUGCCAGGGUUACAGAUGUGUGCUUUGUUCACAUUUUGAAUUAACCUUAAUAGACUUUAGAAAUCCACUGAUGUGCCCCUGGGUGAGCAUAGCCUGUAUGGUGGGUGCUUGCUUAUAAGUUUGAGAUAGCUCUAGAUCUUGAGAUGAUUCCAGAUCCUCAGUGAUUUCUCCAGGUUGGCUCUGUGCUGUGUUUAUACAUAAUCUCGAUUUAAUAGCAGAAAAAGCUUGGAAUAGCCAUGUAAAAUAAUGGUAUCAACAUGAUCACCAUCUGUACAUAUUAGACCUUCACGACUCCAUUUUACCCAGUUUACAGAAGAAUCUAGCAGCUUGAGAAACCCAACACACAUUGGAUGAUGGUUCUUUCCUUUGUGUAAAACUGCAUCAAGUUUAAAAUCUGCAGUGCAAAACAGCAUUUAGGCAUGACUCACUGUGUACAGCAAGUCUCAUGUUCUUAGGCGCUGGAGUCUCCCUUAGCCUUGGGUCUUUCUGAUCUAUAGGAAGCAGCUGAGCCUCAGUUUACCUUUUAUGCAUGUUACAUUUGAUACAGAUCUGUACCACUCCUGGAUAUCAGAUUCCUAUUUUCUCAGUACUAGGAAAAGCAAUUGAAAUGCAGCCAAAGGCUUAUUCAUAUACUGUCCUUUGCUUUAAAAACUCCACAGUUCCUUUACCUAAAUCUAAAAAACCAACAUGAGUUAAUUGAAGGAGUUUUAUUAUUGGUAAUUUUAAAAAAAAGAUUUAUGUUCAAGUUACAACACAGGUAAUAAUCUCUCUCUCUCUCUCUCCCCCCCCCUCUUUCUCGUUUUUAUUUUUGUUUUAGAGUUUCGCUAUGUAGGUCAGGCUAGCUUUGAUUUCACCAUGUAGCCCAGCCUGGCUUUGAACUCAGCAGUCCUCCUGCCUCAGUCUCCCAAGUGCUGGGAUUACACGCAUGUACCACCAUGCCUCACUAAUAAUCUCUUUUUUUUAUACACAACUGGAUUUCUUCAGCUCAAUGGCUAGACAGAGUCUUAAUCAAACACCAACUCCAUGGAUCCAGGACAGGUUUGUCCCAUGGCCUGCUCUGAGUGGUUUGUGGUCGGAUAGAAGAUUCCAUUGGCAAACCAGCUGCUGCCUUACAGAGCAAGCAAAGAAGAUGGAUCUGUUGAAGAGCCAUCUGACUGUGUGCUUUCUACCUUUUGUGCCCUUUUUAAUCCUAGCAUCCACUCUGGCAAAUGCUAAGAGUGUGGCUAACAGCACUUUAAAUGGCACUGAUGUGGUGUUGGGCGCUGUGCCUGUAAUCAUUGCCAGAACUGAUCAUAUCAUAGUCAAGGAAGGGAACAGUGCCUUGAUUAAUUGCAGUGUUUAUGGCAUCCCUGACCCACAGUUUAAGUGGUAUAAUUCUGUUGGCAAACUGCUGAAAGAAGAGGAGGAUGAGAAGGAGAGAGGAGGAGGAAAGUGGCAAAUGCUGGACGGUGGCCUCCUGAACAUCACCAAGGUGUCCUUCUCAGACCGAGGUAAAUACACGUGUGUGGCCUCUAACAUCUAUGGCGCUGUGAACAACACGGUGACCCUGAGAGUCAUCUUUACCUCUGGAGACAUGGGCGUCUACUACAUGGUGGUCUGCCUCGUGGCCUUCACCAUCGUCAUGGUCCUCAACAUCACCCGCUUGUGUAUGAUGAGCAGCCAUCUGAAGAAGACUGAGAAAGCCAUCAAUGAGUUCUUUAGGACAGAAGGUGCCGAGAAGCUGCAAAAGGCCUUCGAGAUUGCCAAGCGGAUCCCCAUCAUCACCUCAGCCAAAACUCUAGAGCUUGCCAAAGUCACCCAGUUCAAAACCAUGGAAUUUGCCCGUUAUAUUGAGGAGCUUGCGAGGAGUGUGCCUCUGCCUCCUCUCAUCAUGAACUGCAGGACUAUCAUGGAGGAAAUCAUGGAAGUAGUCGGGCUGGAGGAACAGGGGCAGAAUUUUGUAAGGCAUACCCCAGAAGGCCAGGAGGCUGCAGACAGGGAUGAGGUGUACACCAUCCCCAACUCUCUGAAGCGAAGUGACUCUUCCACAGCUGACUCGGAUGCCUCAUCACUGCAAGAACAGCCUCAGCAGAUCGCCAUCAAGGUGUCUGUUCACCCCCAGUCCAAAAAAGAUCACGUGGAUGACAAAGAAGGUGCACAAUUUGAAGUCAAAGAUGAAGAGGAGACAGAACCAUCGGCUGGUCAGUCUCCAGAAACUGCAGAGCCUUCUACAGACAUAACAUCCACGGAGCUGACCUCUGAGGAGCCAUCGCCUGUAGAGGUAUCAGAUCGAGGACCUCCACCAGCUCACUUGGAAAUGAUGGAGCCAGCAGUGACAUGCGACAAAAACACCUGCAUUAUUUAUGAAAGCCAUGUCUAAUAUUCACUCCGAAAAGCUAUGCAUAUCAAGAAAACCAGGGGCUGCUCAUUGUAAUACAGAUGUAGUACGCACUUGCCGCUAAGCCUUACCAGGAGACUCUCAUCCCGUAGGUAGGAAUAAUGCUGUUUGAAAAGGAAACAUACCUGCGCGCAGCUUAUGCGACUGGCAUCUCCUCAGUAGAAAAGGAUGUAAGAAACAUCAGGGUGCAGAACUGAUAUUGGACAGAAGGUGUCUGUCCUUGUGAUAUGAAUUUUAGAGGCCAUUAUCUGCCAAAUCCCUUCAUUGGUGAUGCCGCUUUGGUAAAGAGUACACUACUGUAAGAUAUUCUGAGCUCAAGAGCCCUGUCCAAUGCAUACUGUAUUGCUUUUCCUUUUAAAAAUUGUAAGUCUGCUAUAAUAGCAAAUGCACGUAUAUGGGUUUGCUGCACUUUCUUCUUUAAUUACUUCCACUGUUUCUUUAUAACGUAGUUAUUAUAUUAACCCUAAUUUGCUCUUUCUGAUUGAAUCCCCUUUUCCACUUUUGUCCUUAUUUUCCCCCUAGAACAUUUACCUCAGAGGCUUUGGUAUCAGUCACCAGUUUCAGAACUGAUAUCUACAAGUCAUUUGUAAUGCUCCAAAGUAGUUACUAUGCUCAUUAUUUUUUUUCAUUUCCCAGGCAUACAUUGCUUUCUUUUUUUUAUUUUCAGUGAAGCUGCUGUUGUGAAACUGAGAAAACCUUUGCCCUAGAAUAGCACUUUAAUAAUGAAAUAAAAAUGUGUUUACCUGUCCAAUUCUGAGAGCCUCUCAGUAAGCUCAACCAAGGUGUGGAGGGAGAUUGUAAAAGGAUAAUUGUACACACUCUUCAUGAAAACUGCUGUUUGCAUUUAAGUAACAUCAUCCACUAAACAAAGACUGAAAAUGUAUUGUUUCCAAAGACAGGCAUUCAAUGAAUUCCUAUAGGCUGUAGGAUAUUGGCUUCCCAGAAGCAGUUACAGACACCAUCUGCUGCCACACUUGAUACAAAGCAGCAAAUAGAAGGGUCUGUGGAGAAUAUAAACAAGGCCAGUUUUGUAAACCAUGUUGCUGAUUUGUUAGCUUUUGAAAGGGAGUGUAAAAAAGUCAGGGUAGUGCACAGAGAAUUUUGCCAUCAAAUUUUAUGUCAAAAUUACUGAAUUAUUCAGUUCCACAAAAAUGCAGCAAGGCAGCAUGAUAUUAUGGAAAGAAGGCAAAACUAAACCCAGUCAUCCAGAGGUUUAAUACUUACCUGCCUGUGCCAAUCACCAGCUGUCGGGCUUUGGGCUACUCUGGCCCUUAGUUUCUCUAUCCGUGAGAGGGAGCAAACUAAAUGAGUGCUGAGUGCCAGCUCUUUCUCAGAGAACAAAGCCAACAUUAACAUCAUUGCUCUUUUCAACAAUGACUGUACAGAUUUUUGCUUUCAUCUGUUGGUUCCCCCCAAACAUUUAUAUGUUGCAUUACUUGCUCAGAAAGGGUCAGUUUUGAAAAAUCAUAGCAUUUUAAAUCAAUUGUGGAACUGCUCCUCCUCUUUCCAAAAAAUGAUUAGGACCACCUCUAUAAUUGAGUGUUGAUUCAUUUUCAUUUAUAAGCAAGGGAGACCAUAACUUUAAAGUACUUAUCAGGGUCAUGAGCACAUCAAGUGUGGUGAGCCUAAUAGGUUAUCAUGUCAGAGGUUACACAGUCCAUGUUAGUAAUGAGAGAAAUGACCCAGAUCGUUACUGCCCCUCUGGUCACCAUCUGGCAAAGUGACCUCACACAGCUCCCACCUGGGGCUUAAUCUCUCUCAUUUUUAAAAUAUGCAGGCAGUACUUAAUGGUCCAUAGGAGCCUGUCAGGCUCAAACAAUUACAGUUUUAUGGAAAGUUUGUGGUCCAUGAUAGCCUCUAUUGCAUAAGACAAGCAAAAUCAGAAGCAAAAAAAUGGAUACAUGAUAUUGGGUGCUUUUAUGAUCCAAACUUUAUAGCAAAUGUGUCUGGCUGUGUCACGGAGGGCAGUGGGCGUGGCUUUAGAAAUGACUGAGUGCUUGUUUUAGCAGCACAUAUACGAGAAGUCACUUUAGUGGACUUAUAGGCAAAUCUGACAAGACAAGGACUUUGACCAGACAUCCUUUUAAAAGGAAUUAAUUGUUGAUGUCCAGCUACAAGUAUCUAAGAAAUUAGUAGCUGUGAGAAAAACCAUGACGUCUGUUGGGCUCUCUGGACUCAGGUUUUAUGUAUUUAGCCUGCAAAAAGUUCUAUUUUUUGUUCUUAUAAAAAAUUUCCAAUUAUUACAGACAUUAACAAAUUCAUACCUUUGAUUUUUUGCCCAAAGCAACAACAAGAACUAACAAAGCUUGUUUUGUGAUUCUGUGUUCUAUUCAGUUCUCUUCCCACCCAAACCCUGUGCAGAUUUCCACGUAGAAACUACAGAAAGCAUCCAUUCCAUGUAGAGAUUGACUCGGGACAAUAAACUAAAACUGGGUUGAUUUCACAUAAAGCAAGAGCUAAAAUAUGUGACCAAAGAAUGUAUCCAGACUGGCUUUGCUUCUUUAGAUAGAGAUCAUGUAGAUUUUUAAAACUCUUUAAGACAUCAGAAUGCUUUUGAUAUAAUAAUAGCCAACCUAUAGAGGGAGCUUGGCUUGUACUGGGAAUUCUUCCUUCUAGAAAUUCUUCCUAUCCAUACUACAGCUUCUUUAUAAAAUGAGAGAGCCCCUCCUGCUAGAAUGUGAAAUGUAGAAGACCUCAUGAUUUUCAGGCAAUUUUUCAAAACUAAAGUGAACUGUUUAUCUUCUUAGAAGUUCAUAGAACUGUGGCUGUGUGUUUGUGUACACGCAUUCAUGUAUAUUGAGCUCAUUUGGGCAGUUUUUAAAAGUUUAAUGCUAAAUCCCAAACCAUGUCCUUCGGGGCAUAUGUAGUCAUUCUUAAAAUUUUGUUUCCUGAGUGAUCCCAGUCAUACUGCUAGCAAUUUUUUUCUUGAAAUUAUUAAAAUGAUUCAUAUUGUGCAUAUUUAAUUCAUUAGAUUAUCUAUAACCUUGAAUGGUAUUUAUUCUAAAUGUGGGAUAAAAGAGAAUUUUAUAUGGAAAAUCUAUGUAAUUUAUAAUGUUUUUGUUUUAGAAAUUAUAUUUUCAUAUCUUUAGGACACAUCUGCUAUUCUCAUCUUUUUGUAUAUCAUACUGGAUAAAAAAAUACCAAUACUUGACUAAAAUCUCUAGGAACCAAAUGUAAUAUAUGUAAUAUAUGACAUAAAGAAACUGCUCUAAAAUAUGAAUGUUCUUAGCUAUCUUAAGCAGUAUUGUGCCAUGUCAUUAUAUCCAGAAUAUCUUGGAUGCUUAUGAGCAUUGCUUUGUAACAGUUAAGGCUAAAAGGCCUGACAUCCCACACAAUAGAUUCAAAAAUCUGUUUCCUUUCUUUAACUCUUUUGUUUCAUUUUUUAAUUGUACAAGUCCAUGCUGCUUAGACUUGCUUUUGAAGGGAAAAUGUGAAAAAACAAGAAAACAACUUGACAGAAGAGAGGAUGAAUUUGACUAUGGCUAUGUAUCAUUUUAACAGCCUAUAACAUGUUUUCAAUGUACUGCUUGGAUUGUUACUCACUGUUGAUGUACAGUCUGCUUGGCUCUGGGCACAUGGAGAAAAUGUAAUGCACACAGAAUAUUUGUAUGUUUUUGAAGCAACACACACUACACAUCUAUAUCCAACACAGAUCAGCUUGACUAUGUAAACACCGUCCUAGCCACCAGAAGUAUUUUAGGAAGGAGGAAGUAUUUUAGGAAGGCAAAUCAGUUACCUAUAAUUAUAUCACUUGAGUAUACAUUGUGUCAGUGCUAGAACUCUAACAACAGUGGCCACUAUGGUUCUGAUAACUGGGAAUUUCCUUCAAGUGUUUUGGUAAGAAAUGAAGCAUUAAUGUUUCACAUACUUCAUUUCUCAGCACGAUUCAGAUUAUUUUCCUUUACCUAUCUUCCCACAGUCCUUUGGCAGUUUCUAAAGUAAUUCCUGUUUCCAUUCUUGCUUGCUGGUAUUCUUUAAUUAUCUACCAAACCUUAGUGCAUAGUCACACGUAUAUUUUGAGUACCUUUAAUUUUCAAGAGACUGGUCAAUUUUACAUGGAGCUAUUCAAUUAAAUACUCUUCAGUAGAUAACAAAGUUCAUUUUCCUAAUAACUUUUGUAUGGUUUCUUUAAUGGUUAACAGGUUUGGAUUAAACAAAUCAAUUGUGAAGAAAAUAAUCAAAUAGAAUGAAUUGCUUUUUGUAUUUUCCAAAGGACUAUGUUUUUGUUUUUGUUUUUGUUUUUUCUGGUACAGAGGGAAAUGUUAUGUAAAGAUGAUGAUACUCCUUACAAGAUUUUUUUAGAGAUGGAAUUUAUAAAGGGGAUAAUACUAAAAAUACUACAAUCAAAAUCAAAGCUAGAGAAUAUAAAAAUAGUAAAUAGUUCUAAGAAUAUCCUGCAUAAAUUAUUUUUAUUUAACCAAUCAUAAGUGUCUCCAUGUGUAUCUUUUUGACAUCACAGACCCACUAACAGUGAGUUAGGGUCAAAGAUGUGUAUAUUUAUGUUUGGUCUCCUAUAUUUCAGUAGUUCUUAAUAUCCUUUGUUAAACUGCAAAAUAUGAUGAAAGUGUAUCUGGGCCAAAAUGUCAAUCUAUUGAUUUGGUGAACUGUAUAAUGUUCACUUUCUAAAAAUAAUUUAAAAAUGUAAACAAAUGACUAAUAUAUAAGUUGACAUUGCUGUAACAAAAAAAAACAAAAACACAUGCAAUCCAUCCUGUAUUUUGAUUGUUGCUUAAAUAAAGAUUUUGCACAGGUA